CGGAGUUUACUUUCGGUUUGAGUGGCUGCGGGCCUUCGUCCGGCGCGGUGCCGGGAUGUCCAGGUCGGGCGCGAGCCGCAGCGACACGGAGCGUCUCCGCCACGCGCGCCGGCCGACAGGCGACCCGAUUCCGCGCUCCUCGCCUUUCAGCCGCAGCCUCGCGUUUGAUGAUCGCCGUUUUUGUAAUUGCGGAAGAAGCGAGCUGCUGUGCCUCCCUCCCUCCCGUAGCGAGCAGAAAACGAAACUCUGAGGGUGGAUCGACUUCAAUAUGUACAGCUCCUUGCUGCUGUCUUAAGAGGACGGGAUGGACGGUGAGCACAGCGGCGGCGGAGGAGGAGCAGGAGGUGGUCCUGCAGAUCCAGAGGUGGAGGAUGAGUUUGCCUGCGCGGAGAUUCUGCAGGGAUCUCUGAUCUCCCUGCACAGGACCGUGGAGCGGAUAUUCCGGGUGUCGUUUGGCAUCGAGGCCGACGAUCUCUCUAGCAGCGACAACGGGCAGAUGUGGCUGAAGCUUCGAGGGCCGAGCAGCAAUGUGAAAGCAGCCAAGUUGUUUGUGAAAGGAGUCGUGAACCAGGAGGAGCAGAAGGAGCUUUCUUACCCCGAGGUCCUUCACUGUGUCUUCUGUGGAGCUCGAGGGCUGUUCAUGGACAGCCUGAUCAAAAACACCUCAGCACACAUAAUGGUGGGCUCUCUGGGAUUCCUGCUCAUAUCGGGUUUGGCCGAGCCGGUGGUCCGAGCGUACUCCCUCAUCGCAGAGCUGCUGGACCGAUAUGAGGGCUCUCAGUCCAGACGUGCGGAGAGUGGAGACAGGGGCUCGGGUGAAUCUCUGGACUCACGGAGAGCCUUCAAAACCCUGGUGGAAAAAUGGGACGACAGGCACACUCUUGAUCUUCUGGUGCUCCCUUGGCCGGUGAAGGAAAUCCUCCUGGAUUUGGUGCAGGAAUCAGGGCUUGGAUCGAGCCCAGUGCCAACAGCAGCUGGAUCACACGAGGAUGCAGGGGGCGAAGCCAACGCUGUCAGACAAACAGUCUCAGAUCCAUAUUGGACUCUGGAUGAGUGGACUGCAGAAUCGAGGAAGAACUCUGCAGCUAAGGAUUCCUUUCAGGCUUAUUUGGCAGGUGUAGGCGUCAGAGGGAAUGCAGAGGGGGCUGAGGAAAGACUCGUACUUCCUCCACAGGAAGUCGGAGAGGAAGGACAAAUGGACCAAGGGGUAACCUUAGGCGCAACGGCAACAGAGGGACUUCCUAUGGAUGAACAAGUAGAUAUGCAGUUGCCAAUGGGAAACAAAGAGUUUUGGCUUCUUCUGAAGUUCUUCACAGCCAUGGGCUACACAGAAGAUGUUGUGAAGCGAGUACUUGCCCGAACAGGACCUAAAGAGGCGUCUCAGAUCCUCGACCUGGUUCAGCAGGAGCAGGAUCGUAGCGAGCAAGAGCAGAACAUUCCAAAUGUCCCUGAACCAAAUAGUGAGCCUGCUGUCCCCCUGUAUCAGAGGGAGAUCAACCGACCCUGUGAGACGGAGCACAGAGAGGAAUAUGGCGAAGGAGAGAUUCACAUGAAUACGAAUGGAAAGAGAGCAGAGGAGGAUGGGACCACGGGACAGCGUGAAAGUGAGGGCAGCACUGAUGGAAACAGGACGGGUCCAGAGGAGGACUUCGUCCUGGGGGUGCUGAAGAAAGCAGCAGCCAGCUGUGGCUACACCGAGCAGAACGUCAUCAAAUUCUACAACAUGCUGCCCGAUCAGUCCACUCACCAGCUGCUGCUGGAGCUGCAGAGGGAGGAGACCAGGGAGGGGGAAGCCUUCGACAAGGGGCCCAAGGAGAUGGACGACGUGGUGCUGGAGAAGGAAGCAACAGCAGCCGGACCAGCAGAGCUAGAAGUGAACGAAGACGAUGAGGAUUUAGUCCAGGUAGAAUCGAAGGAGGAAGGACAAGUGAAGAUACCGGACUUUACUGCUCCCAUUGCAGAACCGGAUUUGUUUACUUGGAAAGAUGAAAACCAGCCGCCACAGCUAAAAGCCCCUCACCAAACCGUCCCGCCUGAGGUCAGAGGUCCGCCUCUGACCAUGUAUACCUCAUCAUUAGAUCUGGACAAGCAGCAAGCUCAAAACCUGUAUUGGCUCACCCCACAUUCUGCAAAACAAGGCCAUCAAAACCACAACGUCGUCCCAAAGCCUCGCUCUUCACACUCCUCAAAACAAGCUUUUCCAGCCCCUCAGCCCCACGGCUUCACCGCCAAAGACUCUUCUCCCACUAGAACGAGGGGGAGAAAGGGCUUCCUGCCCGCUUCUUCGGUGGUGGUCACGGGGGAGCAGCGUUUCCUGGAGGGGCUGCGAGCCCCCUUCCAGCUGAAGCUGACAGACGAUCCCGGAGAUCCCACUCUGAGGACGAUCAUCAUCGACGGGAGCAACGUGGCUAUGAGUCACGGGUUGGGUCAGUUCUUCUCGUGCCGAGGGAUCGCCCUGGCAGUCCAGCACUUCUGGGACCGAGGACAUCGUCACAUCAGCGCUCUCCUGCCACAGUGGAGGCAGAAGAGCGACCCCAAGAUCAAAGAGCAGCACUAUCUGACGGAGCUGCAGAAGCUGGGCCUGCUCUCCUACACGCCCUCCAGAGAGGUGCAAGGCAAGAGGAUCACCUCCUACGACGACAGAUUCAUGCUGCAGCACGCAGAGAGGACCAAAGGAGUGAUUGUAACUAACGACAACCUGAGAGACCUUCUGGAUGAGUCCAGAGUGUGGGAGAACAUUAUCAAGAAGAGUCUCCUUCAGUACACCUUUGUCGGGGAUCACUUCAUGGUCCCUGAUGACCCUCUGGGCAGAGGAGGGCCCCACCUGGACGACUUCCUGCGUUCAGGCCACAGGCUUCUUAAUCCAGGAAACCACACUUUUUCCAAUUCAGCGACCACCUUCUUUCCCCCCAGCACGCCGCGCUCGAUGACGGAGGUGCUGAACUUCCGGGACCGGACCCUCGGGGGAGGCGCAGCAGGGUGGGGUAAAGGCAGAGGGCCCAGAGGGGAGGCUCGGAUCCUCGCCACGGCGGACAGGAGCGCGGAGGACACCGCCGCCCUCCGGGAGCGGCUGUGUCAGGUGUUCCCCGGCCAGGACAACAUGGUGACUCUGGUGCUGCAGUGCCACCCCGCCGAGACGGACCUCAACGUGCUGUCAGAUCUCGUCCUGGAGCAGCAGAAGGACUAAAAUUCAGAUUUGACCAGGUUUAUUUACAUUUUCCAUGUCUUAAUUUAACUGAUUUUACAAGUAGAGGUUCUUACCUGUGUCUACACUUUGCACUGUGAAGGUCUGCAGUUAACACGUUCAGCACAUGUUCCACUAACUACACAUUCCUGUUUUAUUGACCUAAGUUUUAUAAUAAAAUGCAAAAAUUAGACGGCUUUUUUGACACAAUGAAGAAUCUCCGACAGCAGAUUUUUACACUGUUGUGCUCAGACUCAACAACAUUAGAGGCAUACUGUCGGCAAAGCUGGCAAGAAGGAAAUUGUGACGUUGAUGUUUUUGUUGCCGUGCACAACAACAAGAAGAAUCAUGUGAAACAUUCCACAGUAUAUUGUGAUCGACAGACACUUUGCAUAAUAAAGUUUUAUUCUGAUGAAGUUUCACAGUCAAACGUCACAUUUUUAACAUCGCCUGCAACUUAAUAAAAUAGCUAAAUUAAACAAAAACGUCACUUGUGAGGCGACGAUGUGAAAGUAGAAAUCAGGAUAGAAAAGACUGUUUCAUCAGCACAUCUUCAUUCCAUUAAUUCGUUUCACACGUCUCUUCAAUGGUUGGGGUUUUCUUGUCGGAAUGUUUUUUUGUUUUUUUUUAAGGUUUUUGAAAGGUUUCUUUUUUCAGUAAUAUUAUUUUUGCAUGUAUUCAGAUCUGUAUCAGAAAGGUAAAAAUGCACACAGGAGGAUUUGGGUUUUGAUUAAAGAGAUGCAUCAUCAAAGAAUUUGAAAAACCUUUGGAAAGUUUAUUAUUUUGCUCAGUUAGGGCUGUGCUCAUACUCCAUUAAUUAAAAUUCAUGUGGCAUUUUUAUUAUUUUAGUUGUUAUAGUUGUGGUCUCUGGUAUAUACAUUUUUUUUUCUCAAAAUAUUUGAUCUUCAUGAGAUGAUAAAAAUGUAUUAUUAAAAAAUAUUAUAGAAGUAGAUGGAAUUGAUGAUAAAAAAAAUAACGAAUUAAAGGCAUGAAAUAUUUCAGCUUGCUCUCGUUAAAAGAAAUAUGAAUUAUAUUUAACUAUAAAUGAAAUGAUAGGAAAAUGUAAAUUGUCAAGCCUUUUGCACAUGAUGGUAUGUUACUACUAUAUAUAUGAGUAUCUUGUUAUUUCACAGAGAUUUGUCUCAACAUUUUUGAAAAAGGGGAGGAAAAGGCCUUUUCAGGAUGGUUUUAUGAGAUUGAGAAUAAAAAAAUGACUUGGUCAAAGGAAAACCCUCCAAGCAUCUUUUCUCUGCCAUUUUAUGUUCUUAACUUUUUCUUACCAGAACUAAUAUUGGGUCUUAAAUCACAUGCAAUGAUGCCAGAUGUAUAUUUUUGUAAAGACAAUUAAAAUUAUUUAAAAAAAAAAAAAAACUGUUCAAUUUGAUUCUUCCUGCCAUAUUAAAUCUGUACAAAAAAUGUACAAGAAGUGACGAAUAAUGGGGAGAAACGUAGUAAUAGCAUCUACUAAUGAUUUCUGAAAGUGUUUCAGUUUAAACCUGAUGGAUUAUCUGCAUUUUACUGGUGUAAUGUAAUUACUGGGAAGAUUUAAGACUUGUGAAGCUGUAUCAUGUUCACACUGUAAAAAAAUCUUUUGACCAUAGUACAAAUAGAGUUAACUGCAAAUAAUAUCGCCUAAUUUUCAGUGCUUGACCUGAUAUGCUGCAAACAGAGUGUAGUAAGGGGAACUAAAAGACAUUAGCUUCUCUUUAUUGGCUUUCUGUUUAAUCUAGAAUAGAAUUUAAAUUUGUUUUACCUUAUAAAACUCUUAACAGCCAGGCUACAUCAUAUCUUGGAGAGCUAUUAGCCCCAUAUGACCCCAGCAGAAGCUUAUCAGCAGCGAUUAAAAGGAUCUCACCAGCACACAUCAACAAGUGCCAUUUAUUGCUGUUGGAUCCAAAUAAUUUUGUGCUUCAGACUAACUAGUUGCAAUUUAUUGGAUUCCAAAAUGAAUUCUUAUGAAUUUAUGUGUAAUAUCAUUUAUCACUGAUUAUCAUCUUGGGGGAAAGAAAUAAACUGCAAGAUGUGGGAGAAGUAGAAACUCCAUCUUUCAUUUUACAUCCUGAGAAAACAAACUUUCCAACAUGGGCACAUAAAAAAGGAAAAAAAAAAAAAAAAGAAACAGCGUCGUAAAGCAAAU